AUGGGUUUGAGAAAAGAAAGUGCCCAUGCCAUCAAAAUGAGCUACGAAGAUUGUCUUGGCAUUGUGAUUGCAUUUCAUCUAUGCUGCAAAAUUGUGUACCAGGCAAGAGCAGGCAUCAGAUUGCGGGAUUUUGUUGACAUUUCUAGAUUUCUUGCCCUGCUCUGCAUACAUGGCUUACUCGUUUAUGGUUCACAAGAUUGGAAGGCAAAGCUAAAGAUACCACCAGCUGAUACGCGAUACAGAACUGAGGAUGUGACAGCCACAAAAGGGAAUGAUUUUGAGGACUAUUUCCUGAAGCGUGAGUUGCUUAUGGGAAUAUAUGAGAAGGGUUUUGAAAGACCAUCUCCUAUUCAGGAAGAGAGCAUACCAAUUGCCCUUACUGGUAGCGAUAUUCUUGCUAGAGCUAAAAAUGGGACAGGGAAAACAGCUGCAUUUUGCAUUCCUGCGUUGGAAAAAAUUGACCAAGAUAACAAUUUUAUUCAAGUUGUGAUUCUCGUGCCAACACGUGAGUUGGCUCUUCAGACAUCACAGGUUUGUAAGGAGCUUGGGAAACAUUUGAAAAUUCAAGUGAUGGCCACCACUGGCGGUACAAGUUUAAAAGAUGACAUUAUGCGUUUAUAUCAACCAGUCCAUUUGCUUGUUGGGACUCCAGGAAGAAUACUAGAUCUUGCAAAAAAGGGUGUGUGCAUCUUGAAAGAUUGUUCAAUGCUUGUUAUGGACGAGGCCGAUAAGCUUUUGUCUCCAGAGUUUCAACCUUCAAUAGAGCAGCUUAUUCGAUUUCUUCCUUCAAAUCGUCAGAUUUUGAUGUUUUCAGCCACAUUUCCUGUUACUGUUAAGGACUUCAAAGAUAGAUAUCUAGAGAAGCCUUAUGUUAUCAAUCUCAUGGAUGAACUUACCCUCAAGGGUAUUACACAAUUUUAUGCUUUCGUUGAAGAACGACAGAAAGUCCAUUGCUUGAACACUCUUUUCUCUAAGCUGCAAAUAAAUCAAUCGAUCAUCUUUUGCAACUCGGUGAAUCGGGUUGAAUUACUGGCCAAAAAGAUCACAGAACUUGGCUAUUCAUGUUUCUAUAUCCAUGCAAAGAUGUUGCAAGACCAUCGCAACAGAGUAUUUCACGACUUCCGCAACGGUGCAUGCAGGAAUCUUGUCUGCACUGAUCUUUUUACCAGGGGUAUAGACAUCCAAGCGGUGAAUGUUGUUAUAAACUUUGACUUUCCCAAGAAUGCAGAAACAUACCUUCACAGGGUUGGUCGAUCAGGAAGGUUUGGACACCUUGGUUUAGCUGUGAAUUUGAUCACAUAUGAGGACCGCUUUAACUUGUAUAGGAUUGAGCAGGAACUUGGGACUGAAAUUAAACAAAUUCCUCCGCAUAUCGAUCAGGCAAUAUACUGCCGAUAA